UUGUGAUUAGAUAGAUAGAUAGAUAGAUAACAGUCUAUUAAUACUCUAAUGAGAGUUAAUUGACAUGUACUUGCAAAGUUACUUAUAGAUAGUAGAAUAUCUAGAGUGGACCAUCGAAAUAAGGUGUAACCCAAGGAUCUUAUAUUGGCUAUGUGUAUUAUCAUCUACAUUAUGUGUCACAUUAACAAGUUUAACAGGCAUUGUGGUGCAACCAGUGUUCAUUUGGUUCUUCCAUAUGGAAGCUUAUGAGCAUGUCUGGUCUAGUUUUUAUUAUCCACAUCCUGUUUUUUUAUGCACACUGUAUUUUAUAGUGUUUCUGUAAUACUUUUCCCCAUCUAUUUUAUAAUUAAUAGUGUUUAAGUGCCUGUCCAGGAGCCACAAAUAUCAGCUGAAUGAAUUUGAAGUUGGCAAUUUUUAUGCACAUUUGACAGUUUAACCUUCCUUUUAGGAAACUCUUCCUACUUUACAUGCAAAAAGGGGGGAGAGAGAGAGAGAGAACAUCAAUGAAACAAGUUUUUUAUUGGCCCCUGAGCAUAUUUAAUUUUCCUUCCUUUUAAUUUGUUUUUCAAAACACUCCAAGCAGUGAAGAUCAAACAUCAGAGGAAGCUUAAAUGACCUCCACUAAUCAAUGAACUCAGAACAGUGGCUGAGAAAUGAGAUUCAGGCUAUUACGGAACGGUUUUUGGUUCUCAGGGUAAAGUAAUGUUUAUGCCUCAAUUUUAGUUCAAAUAGAGUGUCAGUAGUUCAAGCCUAAGAUUACCAGUUUGUAUCUUGAUAAAAAUAUUUUUCCAUAAAAAUUUGAAAUCCUAUACGAUGAACUUGGACUGCUCAAAACACAGUUAGGUAUAACUUUAUGUAUAGAUUUGUUUACUGAGUAUUGAACUUUUAUAUACAGCACAAAUUCUUUGGAGGUCAGAUGUUUAUUUGACCACGUCAUCUUCAAAAUCCUACUAUUACUAGGCACUUUGUGAGCUGCUGGGGUUUAAAAAUGAGAAGGAAUUAUGUGACAUCCUAUUGGAUUCUGUCAAAAAAGCUGAAGUCUGUACUUUUCUUUUCUUGGCCAUUCUUGCAGUUGUUACCUAUUUCUAUUUUAUCUGAUCUUUAGAAAUUACUUUCAUUGGUGUUGGCUAAUAUAUUCAGGAUGUUUCAGUCAUAAAUAAUAUUUUUGACUUGAAUAAAAGCAGUUAAUUUAGAUGCUAUCACAUGAAGCACCUUUUUCGCUUAUCUAAGAAAACAUGUUUUACAAAGCUGAAUGCACCAGAAGGCUCAUCAUAUUUAUUAUAAGGAAAGUUUAAAAUGAUAUAAAGAAGCUGUGUUUCUCUGCUUGUGUAUGUAUUUUACUGUCCUCUCUAAAUGAGUAGGGUAGGAUAUGAAGGUGAUUUAGUCUAUAAUUAACUGUUAAUUUCUGCACAUCUUGUUAUUAUGCACUCUAGAGAAUGAUGUGCUACACACAUUACUUUCCAGAGUAAUCCAUUUACAAAACAGCUUGUUUAUAUUCAGGUCCAGAGAUCAUCCCAGCGAGGACCUGUGAAGCUCGGCCACAGCAGUUGUGCAUCUCCUUCGGCACAAAGAGAGAAGCAUUCUGCAUAUAUGCACUGUCACUGAAGAUGAGCCAUGCAGAACUUGGAAAUGGGAAUGAGGAGUCUUUUCAGCCAACAGAAUAUUAUGAGAGAUGGCAGAUGAUGAACUUCUUCUGAGCUUCCAAUGGAACUACAAAGGAAGAGAAGAAUAGUUCGGGCUGCAGGUCCCCUGGAUGGAGGCUAUGGCUGGUUCAUUGUGCUUUCCACCUUCCUUGUCUUUGGAUUGACAUUCGGUGUAAUCAAGUCCUUUGGUGUGUUCUUCGUAGAAAUACAACACUACUUUGCAACCACAGCAACAGCAAGCUCAUGGAUCACAUCCAUCUCUGUGGCAACAGUACAUUUUGGGGCCCCCGUAGGCUCUGCAUUGAGCGCGUGCUUCGGCCAUCGGCCAGUGGUCAUGGUAGGGGGUCUGCUGAGCAGCAUUGGGAUGGUGGCCGGGUCAUAUGCCCAGGAUCUGCUACAGCUGUACAUCACUGUGGGGUUCCUUACAGGAUUUGGCUACGCCCUGACCUGGACCCCUACUGUCACCAUGCUGGGCUGGUACUUUGAAAAGCGACGGCCAGUGGCCAACGCUCUGGCUAGCACAGGAGAGUGCCUCCUCACCUUUGUCCUGACCCCAUCCUUCCAGUUCAUGGUGGAUCAGUAUUCCUGGAGGGGAGCGAUGCUGAUCCUGGGAGCUCUGCAGCUCAACUUGUGUCUGUGCGGAGCUCUUCUGAGACCACUCAACAGACAUGUUCCUUCUAAAGAACAGCUAGAGGAGAAAGAUCAUGAGCUGGAACUGUUAUCUCAAUCUCACACAGACUCACACAGAAGUUCAAAAAACGGGUCAGACUCGAAAAAAUCAGAUCCACUGAAGGUGAAAAUCAUAAGUUACGUGGACUACACGCUUAUCGCCAACGCUCGCUUCAUGGUCUACUCAAUGUUUGGUGUCUUUGCUGCUCUUGGCUUCUUCGCUCCAUCUCUCUUUUUGGUACCGUACGCCCGCAGUCAAGGAGUGGAGGAGUACCAGGCAGCCGCUCUCAUGUCCAUCUCUGCGGUGCUGGAUCUGUUUGGCCGGGUGCUCUUCGGGUGGGUGGCAAAUCUGCGGCUGGUAAAGACAGUCCAUCAGCUGAUUGUAACAGUGAUUUUGUUGGGCAUUGUUCUGUUGCUCUGCCCACUAGCGACCACAUUCACCCAGCUGGCGCUGUUCAGUGCGGGUUACGGACUGGUGUUCGGCGCGACCGUGGCCAUUCACAUCACGGUACUCGCGGAAGUGGUCGGGGUGGAGAGGCUCGGCAGCGCUCUGGGUUUCUUCAUGCUCAUCCGCAGCAGUGGUGGCCUUCUUGGACCACCUUUGGCAGGAAUCUUCAUAGACAGAAUGAAUGACUACGGUGCUGGUUUCCUGAUGGCGGGCGUGGCUCUUCUCGUCUCCGCCUUGUUUUUGCUUGUGUUACAUCAGAUGAACAAAAAAGAGAUGGAAAAGGGAAAAGAUAUCCACUUGGAGAACGGGAAAGGUUGCAAGGGUCUGAAAAACAGGAAUUCCAGUUUUGGAAGAAGUUAGUAGCCUAAGAGGAGGCUUUACCGUAAUGUGCAUUUAGUGUCAUACAGCUGACAUAUAUUUAUGUCACGUUACUGUGGAAAAAUAUGAUGCAUUCAUGUUUCACCGCACAUGUGGCCAUUAAGCAGAGAUUAUUAUUAGAGAUGAUUGUCAUAAGUGAUGGGUGUAAACUGAUAACAUGGACAUGCAUUGUCUGUAGGACACGCUGAGUGAACAGACCUUUCUCACCUAAAUGAAACUUUCUGGGAAGUCUUCUAAUGUAGUCCUAUAAUGAUGCCAUUGUAAGCGAUAUUUCAUCAGAUCUAUUGCUCCAGUAAGUGUGGAAAAUGGACAGUGCCUUAAUGGACUAAUGGAAGCUGACUCAUGGUUUAGCUACAGCCAAAGAUGAUCACUUGCAGUCAAGAACAAUAUCUGGAAUUUCUUGUGUAUAACAGUAUGAAGAAUCUAUUUUGGCCUGUUUGCCUAAAAUCACACAAAUUAAAAUUUGCAUUUGAAACAUGGAUUUUAUCUAAAGUUGCCUCCACAGGUCUGGAUGUCAAAUACAUUCCGCAGUUUCAGAAAACAUUCUCAUUGAUCGCCCUCUAAUGGUGAGAAAAGGGAAAUUCAGGAUGGAUGGUUACAGUGAAACUGUAUGUUUUCCUCAUUAUAACAUUAUAACUUUCCUCAAAAUAACUGAGGGUAUGUUUAAUAUAGCAUAAAGUAUAUUAAAGUGCAUUUUAUUUUGCAAAAGCAUCUUUAAAAUCCCUUAAUCUUGAAUCUAUAUAGGGGAUAGAUAUGUUUCUGAAGGCAUUGAUUAAAAACACAGGCACAUCCCACUUAAGAAAACCACAUGAUAGACGGCACUGUCUAGAUCUUUCCUGGUUAUACAGUGUGAUGAAAUGGUAACCGUUCAAAGCUAAGCCUUCUUUACAAGAUAUCAAAGCAUUUUUUCUCUUCACAAUAAUCUAUUCCCAGCAUCUGCACUUUGAUGUGUUUUAUACAUGCUGGUCUGUGUGCAUCACAGAUUAGUGGCUUUCCAAAUUGGAAAAAAUAAAAAUAAAUAAAUAACAGAAAUAAAUUUCAGUAUGCUUGUUACCUUGAAUCUGAGAAAGCAAACAUCAUGCUAGACAAAAUGAGCCUUCAGUGGCAUACAAAUGAAAACAUUUUAGUCACUUUUGGCUAAUAUUAUUUUGUUAACUUUUAUUUUCCCUCGUUUUAACACACGAGUACUGACAGUAAACACAAUGCACUCAAAGAAAGAGGUGACCUGACAUUAGAACUGACAUGUGAAAUCAAAGUUUGUCCAAAAGUGACUAUUGAAUAUACUAUGUCUAUUGACUAAUAGAUCUCAAAUGAACUGUUCAUGCUGGGUCAGACACAUACAGGUGCUGAUAAGAUGAAAGGUAUAUCUAGCACUACAGAUCUGCACUUAUAUUGGUUUAGUUUUAAUAAUGAGAGUAUAAGCUGUGUAUUCUGAUAUUCACAAAAUAAGUUAAUCAUUUUAUCAUAUUUGUCAUAUUGAGUGAAUUUUAAUGAGCUUUUAUUUUUAUAUUUUCAGUUUUAGUACUAACAUUUAAGACAAGUCUAAUUUUCGUUAAGUUUGGUAUGUUUUUCAUGUAAUUAUUUUAUUUUAUUUUGGCUUUAUUUCAAAUACCUAACAACGAUUUUUAAAAGUUUUAGUUUUCGUUAACAAAUAACAACACUGCUCUUAUCAUUUUACUGUAAAUUCACUGUGGAUUUAUUAUUUCAAGCAGAAAUAGCUGUUAUACCAUAUAUAGUUUUUGACACUUGAUCCCAUCAUCCCAUUCCCAAAGAGAAGAAGAAAUAAUGCUGUAAUGAGAGAAUAUAGGACUCUUGCUGUUUUCCUGUGACCUGAGCCAUCCUUUUUUUCAAACACGGUUGAGGCGAUGAGUCCUUUGAAGUCUGUAAUUGAAAACAGUUGAUGGAGUAAAGUGGAAUAACGGAUCCCAGAUCCGUUUCUCCAGCCAUAUAUCCCUCCUCUCAUAAACCCGGGCCUCUUCACUUUGACCUUCGUGUAGUCUGGGUUAUGCAGUAAGCCCAAAAACAGCCGUUCAGAAUGAUACAUGUGUGACCUUGUGCUUGAUGGCAACGUUCAAUGAACUAGACUGAAUCUUAUAUUACAGACAAAAGGGAAAUUCCUAAGAAAUUAGACAGAAAUGACAACAAAGUGGAAAUCUGUCUCUCUUUAAACAGAAAAUGCAAAGUGGCAGAACACCUGAUUAAGGUGACCAGCUCUUUGAAAAGCAAGAGGCAAAGACUACAGACUGGAAAUUGCGAGUUUAGUUCUGCUUGUUGAAUUAAAAUGAGCUAAAGUAACACAAACUUAAUUUCAUUGUGUUCAAUCCACCUAAUAUAUUUAAAGCUGAAGUUUACUUAAGUCAUUUGUGUUACA